AUGUCGUUCAUCCCCCUGCUCUGCUGCCACCCCCUGUUACAAUGGCGACUUUGCAUCGCCGGUUCGACCUUUGAUCCAUGGAACGCUGAUUCGGCUUCGAUUCUUCUCGCCCAAUCGAUGUCCUCCCCCCGUCGGUUGCCUUCCUUCGGCGCGGAAACAGAGCGUUGCAACGGGGGGAGUGGACUUUUACCUACCUUUCUUUCUUUUUCCUUACGCAGGAGGACUCCAGGGAAUCACCCAACAUCUGGACCGUCUUACCGCGACCUCCUAUUCUUUCUGUCAAGGACGGUGUGUUUGCGAGUCUGUAUGUACGCCUCAUGUUGA